UCAAUCCUUAUAUGGACGAUCCCUAGAAGAAAAAGAAACUCAGAGCUUCUAUAUUGGUAUCACCAAACAUUCCUUUCUGAACCCAAAAAGUUUUAGAGUUGAUUCACAGAUCAAAAGGAGAAGAAAAGCUGAGGGGAGGAUAUUUUCAUUAUUAGGCAUGUUGUUCAGGUACAGACAUAGCAGCACCAAGGAAGAAGGGUGGAACAAGGGAGUUUCAAACACUCACAAAGUGUUUGCAGCAUCAGAAUUAAAGAAGCAUCGUGUGGGGCUUUGCAGUGCAAUUAUAUCUCUGGCCCUCUUUUUCACCAUUGUUGUUAAUGCUCUCAAUCAGGUUUAUCAAGAUAGCAAGCAAGAAAAUGUUACUCCUUUGGUUUUGCAUGCAAAUCAAGAGAAACUGGCUGUAACAAAGGAAGUUCAAGGGCUGGAAGUUUCAAAAGAAAGCAAAUCAUUGGUAUUACUUAAGGAAGAGGAGAUUUAUAUUCAGGACAUUGUUUUACUUCCUGAAGAAGUGCUAGUUCUAGUCCACUUUCCCUCUGCAGAUUCUGCUACAUUUGGACAUCCAUCUAAGAUUCUCUGUAUACAUUCUGAUGAGAUUGUUACUAAAGUGAAUGGAGUUGAGCACUUGCAAGGGAGAGUUGCAGUAAGGUGUGAAUUGCCUAAGCAAGAAGAACAACAGCCCUUGAAGGAUCAUGUAACCAAAUUAUCAUUUCUGUCUCUAAUGGACACAGAUCUAAACAGACAUGUCAGGCAAAGAAACCAGGCUUCUAAUGGAAAUAUCAUUAGUUGGGACUUUUUGGUUUAUGAAAGUUUAUCUACAAGUGCAGAUGUGGUUUUGUUUGCAAAGGGGGUGAAUCAGAGAAAAGAAGUGAAUGCAGAACCAGAAUCUCUGCUUUGUGUAUUCAAUGGAACAGUGGAGACACUUGUGAAAGUCUCUAGCCAAGAAGUUUUCAGAUGUAUGCACCCUCAUAAAUCAUAUAGAGAUGAGCUGGUUGGCACCAAAGUUUCACUUAAGUGGCAUGGCCAGCUGAUUCCUUCUGUGGCUUAUUAUCAACUGCCCAAGACCAGAUUAUCCAGAGGAAAUGAACCCAGACACCACCAGGAAGUUUUAUGUUCAUGCACCAUGGUUUUCAAUGUGGCUAAAUUUCUUAAGGAAUGGAUAAUGUAUCAUUCAUACUUGGGUGUGGAGCAUUUUUUUCUGUAUGACAAUAACAGCGAAGAUAACCUAGUGGAAAUUGUGGGGAGCCUGGCUGGUGAAUUCAAUGUGACCAGGCAUCCUUGGCCAUGGAUCAAAACCCAGGAAGCUGGAUUUUCCCACUGUGCUUUGCAGGCUAAAAACAAAUGCCAAUGGAUGCUUUUUUCAGAUGUGGAUGAAUUUGUUUUCUCUCCUAAGUGGCCGCAUCAUCUGCAAGAGGGCAACAGAUCCAGAAAACAGGCAAAUGAGACCAGGUCCACAAUCAAAUCAUCUCAGAUGGGUGAAAAAGCAUUGAAGUCAUUGGUGAUGGAGAGGAGCCAUAAUCCAGAAAAGCAUAAUUCAGGCAGUGGGAUCCAAAUUGGUCAGAUCUCUAUAAAAUGCAAUAACUUUGGGCCAUCAGGACUGAAAAUUCACCCUGAGAAAGGAGUCACCCAGGGAUACACAUGCAGAGAAAAAGCCCAGCAACGCCACAAAUCCAUAGUUUUGCUUGAAGCACUACCACCCUCUUUAGUUAAUGUUAUUCAUCAUUUUCAGCUGAAAAGAGGGUACAAAAGUGAAUACUUGAAACCAUCUAAGACAGUGAUAAACCAUUACAAGUACCAGGCAUGGAGUGAAUUCAAGUCCAAAUUCAGAAGAAGGGUGUCUGCAUAUGUCGUGGAUUGGAAAGAGUUGAAGAAUGCAGACUCAAAAGACAGGACUCCUGGGCUUGGAAACCAUGCCAUUGAACCUCCACAGUGGGAGAAGAGAUUUUGUGAAGUGAAUGAUACUGCAUUGAGAGAUUUUACUUUGAGAGUGUUUUCUUCAGGCUCAAGAAUGCAGUGGCAACUGUAAUCAUAAUGGAGAAACCUACCUUACAGGAAAUCUAGAAGAAAAGGAAGAUGGUUACCAUUAUGAGGUAGAAAAACUAUAACUUCUCCUAGAAUGGUAGUUUUUCUGCCUCAUAUUUUAGAUUGCCACUGUCUUUCUUUCUAUUCAUAUGGUCUCACAAUGACACAAAACUGUAUACCAACACACCAAAUAUCCCCUUUUUGGUUCUGGAUUAACCAGAUCUCCAAAUUUAUUGUAGUCAUGUCUUGAUGUAUUAAAAAAUGAUAUUUCAAA